AUGAGCUCCCGUGGCUUAGCUCUGGCACCUCCAGCCAAGAACGUGGUGGUGUAUCGCAACGGCGACCCCUUCUGCCCCGGGAGGAAGUUCGUGGUGAGCCAGCGGUUCCUGACUUUUGAGGCAUUUCUGAACGAGGUGACCAAGAGCCUUCAGACGCCCUUGGCGGUGAGGAACCUCUACACGCCCAGGCACGGGCACCGCGUCGCUGAGCUGGGGGACCUGCAGGAUGGAUGCCAGUACGUGGCUGCAGGUUUUGAAAAGUUCAAAAAGCUCAACUAUUUAAAUCGCGGAAGAAAGGAGCUCCGGGGGACAGGGAACAGCAAGGGGCUGCAGUUUCACCCUGUAGCCCCCUGGAAGCCGAAUGUCUCGGUGCGACGGCAGAAGCCCGCCCGCCUGCCCUGUGUCAUACAUGUUUUCCGGAACGGGGAUCUGCUGAGCCCUCCCUUCCCACUGCUGCUCCCCAAGAGCGCCCCGCUGCCGUGGGACGUGCUCCUGGCCACGCUGACAGAGAAAGCCGCCCUGCACAGCGGAGCUGUUAACAAGCUCUGCAGGCUGGACGGAACCCGGGUGUCUGGCGGAGAGGAGCUGGUGAACGGCCAUUACUACGUGGCAGUGGGAAACGAGGAGUACAAGAAAUUGCCUUACUUGGAGCUACUGGUGCCCCAGGACUCUGUGCGCAGGAUGCUGGGGUAUGUCGACUAUGGCUCAGCGGAACCACCCAAACAGGAGGCGCAGAAAGCACCGCAGCCAGAAGAAAGCGUCUAUAAACCCAGGGACCCUGGGAAGGAGAUGCGAGAUGUCCAGGAAGUAAGAGAGGAUGAACCCACGAGGGCGGACGUACCCACUGAUCAGGUCUGA